GAUUUACUCCAGUCUGUUUUGGAGCAUAUCUGUGUACUGGCCUUAACAUCUGUUCCUGAUGUCAUGAGUAAUUCGGACUGAAAGAUAAUUCUGUUCCGUUCGCUCCGAGAAGCAAGUGAAGAAGAGGCAGCAGCUAUGUCUUUAUUUGCCGAAGAAAAUUCAGCUUCAUCAUCCAGUAAGUCUCCAGAAAUAGAGCUUGAUGAUUUUUCUACGCCCACGAGUUUAAAAAAUGAAAGUGAAUGUAACGCGCUAGAAGAUCCCGCCUGGCGUAUUGUAAUCGUGGGGAAGACUGGGAAUGGAAAAAGCAGCCUUGGAAACAUCAUUCUUCGUUGUCAAGACGACACGUUUGUGAUCGGCAGUGGGAUGAACAGCACAACAACAAAGCACUCAGUGAAAAGGAACCUCUCAGAAAAUCUUGAAGUAGUCGACACACCAGAUCCUGUUAACUGUGAUAUGGAUGAAUCUACUGCUAAACUGGAAGUUACCCAGUGGAAAGGUUGUACUAACAUGGGAGUGGUAGUGGUCAUUCGCUGUGACGUUCGGUACACCGCCGAGGAAUAUGCUAUCUACAAACAGAUCAAAGAGCACUGGGGGUCUGACUUCUGUAAACACCUCGUGGUGGCCUUCACGUUUGGGGACAGGCUCGAGCAAGACCUAGACGACUUCGGGAAACAGCUGGAGAACGGGUGCCCUGAGGUGGUGAACGUGCUACGUGAUGCGAAUCAGCAAUAUGUUGUUUUUGACUGCUCCGCAGGAAAGUAUGAUGAACCCCGGCACAAACAUUCCGUAGAUAAACUUAUGAAACUUAUCAAAACGGAAAUACCGUCAACGAGUGGUUACAUAUCUUGGUUAUAUUGCACUACGGUAGGUAAGACCCGUAAAUUAAUUGCAAAUACUCCUAUUUUAAGUAAACUUGUUACUGCCCACCCACAAGACAUGAAUACCUGAAUUCUCAGCAGAGGUGUGAGGCUAAAGGAAAGAGUCAGACUUCUCCUUCUACAUGUCCUUAUGUUGCAACGAUGAACUUGUCACUUCCUUGCCAUUUGGCAAUUACGCUCUAAAACACCUUUCACCACAUCAUAAUUUCUUAGUCACUUUUAUUAAGACUGACAUUGGGGUAUAGGCAUGCAGGUUAAAGUCCCAGUAAAAAGAGGCUUAAGUAUUAAAAUGAGUGUAUAAUCGUUUCCGAUUAUCUUGAUUUUCUUGUGAAAAUGUUAGAAUUUAGUAGAAAUGUUACUCGGUCUGCUGACAUGUUGGUAGAGUUCGCUUCAACACAUACCUAUAAUUUAUUGUGAGUAACAUAUUUAUUAAGUACUGCAAAGGGUUAGAGGUUCAUAGGGACACUUACUGGUCGUUAUGUUUUUCUAUUGUUUGUUCUCGUUAUUUUGCUUCUUCGUUUCUUUCUUU